GGGCAGGGUAGGGCCUGCGGGCGGGCGGUUUGCGGGUCUGUGCCCGGUAUGGAGCUGGUGGCGGAGCUGAGGGGCCGGGACGGGCAGACCCGCACGGUGCGGGUGCCGUACCCGCCCGAGGAGGGACAUGGCGGACAGCUGCGUGCGGCGCGCCGGGCCGUGGCCGAGCUGCAGGAGCGGGUGAUGGAGCUGCUGGCGCCCCUGGUGCAGGAGGAGAGAGAGGCGGCGGGAGGCGGCGGCGGGACGCGCGGUGAUCUCGAGGAUGAGGAGGACGAAGAAGACGAGGAGGAGGAAGAAGGUGAAGACGAAAACGGCAUCGGCGCGAAGGAGAUUGCCGAUGAUCCCCCUCCAAAGCGGACGAGGGUCCAGCAGCCUUGAUGACGGCGUUAGCGACCGAGUUGCGGCCCCCGAAGGAACAACCCGGUAGCACCGGCCGGCGGUGGCCCCGGGCGGGUUCGGCCGCACCGGCCAGGCCGCGCCUGCGUUUUAAAAGCGAAAAGCCGAUCCCGGCAGUGCCCUGACACGGAGGCCUCAGCGGGGCACACGGCGUGAGCAGCCUGUUGCUUACCGGGAACCAGUGUCACACUGAGAAGAACUGGUAAACGAGUUGACAAAUAUAAAACAUUUCUCAUAAAUCUUCAGACCGAUAUGUUUUUCAUGAGCUUACAAGCCUUUUCGCAUGACUUAAACAAUUGUAAAGUUAUAAAAUCUGGGAAGAGUUUUGUCAGAUCCACUCUUGAAGUAGUACUACUGAUUUGUAUUGAGACUGCAAGAUCAUUACAGUAUUUAAAAUUAGUUUAAAACACCAUUACAGGUGUGAUUCUGGCCAUUCCUGAAUAGUCAUACAACAUUCCUGUGAUGGAGUAUUAUUUUUGUUGUUUAAAAGGUCACCUGUCACUCCUGUCAUUUUCCUGGUAAAGGUCAUAGAUGAAGUAGAUUGAGAGAAGUUGAAAUCUUGGUUUCAGUUAAGUCCUCACUUUCAGUCACAGGCAGGAAGGUGACAAGCCAGUGUGAUUCUGAUAAUUAUUAAACAAUUUAAGAAAUGCUGUCCCAAGUCUGUCUUCUCCAAAGGUUUUUUUCUUUUAUUUCACACAGCAGUUAAAUUUUAUAAACUUCUUUCCAUCCCUGAGUUUUUUCCAGGUUGAUUUAUAGGCUUAUGCAGUAGCUAAGUCCAACAAAGUGAACAUCAUAACUUAAUGCCCUCCUUAUGGUGAACUUCAGGCAUUUCUUUUAACUAAAGAAGAGAAUGAUUUUUUUUUUUUAGCUGCUUCAUAAGAAACAAAACUUUGUGCAGAAGCUAGGGCAAACGCAAUAGGGAUCUAGAGCAGAUGCUAUAGUGUAUUUAAAGGCCAUGGAGGAGCAUCAGUAUUCCAGUAACACUGAUAAGUGCAGUGUUCAUACAGCAGUGGCUGUAUAAAUCAGCGUACCCCAACCCUGUGCCUGAGGUAGCUUGUUCUUAAUGCAUCAUGUAGAAUAUCAUUCCACAUUCCCUUGCAAGGGAAAAGUUGUCAGUGCUUCUCAUAUGUUACUUAAGUUCCCAGGUUUUAUUUUAUGCAUGCUUCUGUCAACAGACAUAAAAUAUUCUUGAUAGCCAGUCCAUACAGUUUACUGGGGAGCCUCAGACUUUUCUCUAACAAACUGUUUAAUUUAAUAGUGUGAAAAAGCUUUUUUUUUUUAAAUUUUCAGAUUGGCAUACUUUAUGUAUUAGAGAAACCAAGCAAAUCUUGAGACUUGUGUGAAAGACAAAGUAUUGGAACAAAUAUAGGAUAAUUUUUUAUGUCCACAGAAUUGUCUGCAUUAAUUUGAAAUAGGGAAGAAAAAAAAAAUGGAGAAGAGAUAAAAUAAACAUAUUUUGGACACCUUAAUGUGACCUGAAGGGGUCCUACAGGAAAGCUGUGGAGGAACUUUAUACAAAGGCAUGUAGUGAUAGCACAUGGGGGGAAUGCUUUCAAACUGAAAGAGGAUUGAUUUAGGUUGGAUAGUGGGAAUAAAUUUUUGACUGUGAGGGUGGUGAGACACUGGAACAGGUUGCCCAGAGAAGUUGUGGAUGACCCCUCCCUGGAAGUGUUCAAGGCCAGGUUGAAUGGGGCUUGAAAAAAUCCGGUACAAAGGGUGUUGGAACAAGAUGAUCUUUGAGGUCCCUUCCAACCCAAACCAUUCUAUGAUUCUAUGAAAUUCAUAUCCCUUUUCUUCUGUUAGCAGAUCAGACAGAGGUAUAACUGAGGAGGAAAAAACUCUGAAGACAAGGGGACCUUUAGUUGCUGAGCAUCUAGGGUAAGAAAAAACUACAGAAAUUCUGAUCUUGUCAGGCUGCAAAAUUUUAAAGUGAUAAAAUGAUAAGAAUGUUCUAGGGUAGAUAAUUAUUGAAGGAAGUGGCUUAUCGAAAUAGAAAAGGCAACAUUCAGUAAAAACAUCCUAAUCUGACAAAUAUAUCAGAAAAGCUUCUUCACGUGUCCUGCGCUAAACUGAUGACAUCUUUCAUGGGCUCUUUCCUACAGCUUUGGAAGCUUCUAGAGCUACAUCUGAGAGCUGUGUUUUUCCCCUAUGUCCCUUCCCCUUCCAGACUGCACUCCAAAGCACCCCAACAAUGCUGUGAACUAUGGGAUGGCUAAAAAGCAACAUUUGACCUCACUUUACUGGUGCAGGUAAUACUCCAGUAAUGGAACACUUCUUUUUUCUUUCAACCUGGACACAGGAACACUGCACCUGAGCUCCAGAAGAGAUCAAUAUGCAUUACGUCAAGAACAGCCACUCAAUUUUACCUUCAAUGAAUAUUUUCUCAUCCUUAUUGUGGCCACAAAACUUUUAACAAAUGAAAAAGGUACUGAGGCUUCAGAGAGUCUUGAAUAAUUCUAAACCAUAAGCGUACUUGUGACCUAAAUGCCCAAACUCAACAGAGAAGCUGACUUUUCUGAGCCCUGCUGCAAGGUAACUAGGCACAGGAAGCUUUGGUAUGUUGGUUUGGUUUUUUUUCCAUGUCCCCUCCAGAUCUGUUUUAGGAUCUACACUCCGGCCAUGUUCUGAACCCUCUCUGGGGGAGCUCCUUUCUCCUCAGAAGUAUGGCAGCCUUCCACCUCCUGUGCUGUCCUAGCUGAACAGCUGGGGGCAACAGGAAGAACCAGAUGAUGUUGCUCACUGGUUGUGGCACCCUUUUUCCAAGCAACCAAGCCAGCCAAGUCACUGAAGCAUGCAGGUUUUUCCAGAGCUAUAAGAGGCUCCAAAAUUUUCUGAAGGCAGAAAAACUUAAGGCUUAUGUGUGCAGAGAAUACAGCAAGGGGCUCUGAUGAUUUUUACAAAGCUUUCCUAGAGAAUGAAGCUUUAUGCGUACCCUAAAUCAACUGUGGGUUGACUGCAUUUUAAGUAGAUAAGCAUGGUUUUGAGAGGGAAAAGGGUCAAUUCCAUUACACCUGAUAAUCAGGGCAUUGCCUAGAAAUGCAAGACCUUCACUACUUUCUAGGAGAGAUUCACCUUUGUCAUUUUCAUUAAAAGGGUUUGAAUCCAAUUGCAGCCCCCAUUUAAUUCCCACUCGUUCUAGCUUCAAAGCCAAUAUACACACAAACUACUACAGACACCAAUCAGAUUCUUGGUGAAAUACACAGAAACCUGCUAGUUAGGACAUGAUAUUGUAUCAUGGGGGCUAAUAUAAAGUAACUAGGAUAAAACCUGGCAGUGUGAGUAACAGAGUUGGGGUCUGGGGCACAUGCACUAGGCAGAAUUUACUGACCUAGUCACAGGCUUUGAGGAUUGAGAGUUGAGCAGAAGCACCUUCUUGGAGCUGUAGCAUCUUUCUUUCCAGAAGAAACUUUUAUCAUGGGGCUAGUUUUGAGGAGAGCUGAGACGAGUUGGUUCUCACUAACAACCUAUUAUUAAACUGAAUGAAUGCAUUAGGUCACAUGUAAAAGAGAUUCUCAUCCAAGGCUGCCACACAAAAAGCAGCAUUUUUUAGAAACUAAUAGAAUAAUAAACCAAAGAGCAUGUUAAGAAGGCAAUGAACCAGGCAAGAGAUAUAAGGGGAAUUAACAACUAUCCUUGACUGGAAAGUUUUGUUUUAAGGAUGAGCGAAUGCCAAUAUUUUUAAUUUAAAAAGAAGUCAGGUUUGGAGUUCUAGCUCAUUGCUGGAAGAAACAUACUUCAUAAGGAACACAUUUUAUUGCAACUUAUUUCCAUCCAAGUUUGUAGGACUGUAGCCUGAAUUAAUGCUCUUGAAGCUGCUCUCCCAUAGAAAGAAGUGAAGAACAUGCUCUUAAUUGUGGCAUUUUCCUGAGACUGGAAGGGACAAUUAGGCAGAGGUUGAAACACUUGGAACUACCCAGGAGUGAUGCUCCGGCAGUCUGACAAAGCUUUAUCUUGUGACACAAACAAAAUAA